AUGACGAACAAAGUUGCAAUUAUCACGGGGGGCUGCUCGGGUAUGGGCCUCGAGACUGCGAAACGCCUCGCUCAGACUGGGAAGUGGAAGCUUCACUUGCUUGAUUACAACCAAGCAGCAGCCAAGACUGCUCUCGAGGCUAUUCCCGAAGCAAAGGUGCACCAUGUGAAUGUGACCUCAUAUGAUAAUCUUGCCUCUGUAUUCCAUUCAGUAUUCGACUCAGAGGGCCAGAUUGACUUCGUUUUUGCCAAUGCUGGCAUUGUGGAGAGACACAGUUUCUAUGAGAAGCAGACGACGCAAGGAUCUCAGCCUCCUCCAGCUCCAAAUACGCUGACGCUCGACAUCAACCUCACUGCCGUAAUCUCUACCACAUACCUGGCUUUGCACUAUUUCAGACUGAGCCCCCACAAGGGGCAGGGUGCUUCCAUCGUUAUGACAGCAAGCUGUGGUGGUCUGUACCCUAGUGAAUAUACACCAGUGUACUCGGCGUCCAAGGCCGGCGUGGUGCACUUCGUGCGCAGCAUAGCAUACUCGUUCCACCAAGAAGGGAUCCGGGCGUAUGCCAUAUGUCCCGGGACGGUGCGGACAAACCUUCUUCUGGCCGACGAGUGGAAAUCAUUCCCCGAGGAGUACUUCACCCCCAUUUCCAAGAUUGCGGAGACGGUCGAGAUGCUGGUCAAUGGCGGGAACAUGCAGGACUCGGCUGGGAAGAGGGUCACUGACGCGGAUAAUUAUGGGCUGGCGGUGGAGGUGAACGGGAAGAACCAUUACUUCAGGAACCAGGUGCCGUUCUGCGAUGAGGCGAUGGAACAGGUGAUGACGGCAACGAGCAUGAAAAAUCAGCAGGCAGUGUUUGAUGAGGUGAAGAAAAGGAAGGCGGCAGAAAGGGCCAAGUUGUAA